AUGGACAAGGUAUUCCACCAACAGAUAGGUUGGAACAUGAAAAUCUACGUGGAUGAUAUGGUCGCCAAGACCACACCAGAAAGAUCGCAUUGUGAAGACCUCAAGGAAAUAUUCAGUCAAAUCCGAGCAUAUAACAUGAGACUCAAUCCAGAGAAAUGUGCUUUUGGGGUACAAAGAGGCAAGUUCCUCGGGUUUAUGCUGACUUCACGAGGAAUCAAAGCAAACUCUGAAAAAUGUGAGGCGAUACUUAACAUGGCAAGUCCUAAAACAAUAAAAGAGGUACAACAACUAGCAGGGAGAGUAGCCGCCCUAUCACGAUUUUUGCCAGUAGUAUCAAACCGAUCAUACCACUUUUUCCAGACGAUAUCAAAAAGUAAAAAAUUCGAGUGGACAAAGGAAUGCGAGACAGCAUUCGCCGAACUUAAAGCCACUCUGUCUUCACCACCAGUACUGCAAAGCCCAGAAACCGAGUUUGAUAUUCAGUUUCAAUCCAGACCAGCUUUGAAGUCACAGAUCCUGGCGGACAUCGUUUCCGAACUCACAGCCGACGAACAUCACUACGAGAAGACUUGGGAAAUACAAGUAGAUGGUGCAUCAAACCGAGAAGGAAGCAGAGCCGGGAUAGUGCUAAGGGAAGGAGAAACAGUAAUGGCCGAGCAGUCACUUCAAUUCAACUUCUCAUCAAGCAAUAACCAAGCCGAAUAUGAGGCGCUCAUAGCAGGAAUCAUGCCUAGCAACGAGACUAACCCUCAAAACUUCAGGCGAAAAGCAAGUCUUUUUACAACCAUAGCAGGAGAACUGUAUAGGCGUGGUUUCUCACACCCAUUACUAAAAUGCCUCAAUAAAGACGAAGCAAAUGAAGUAAUGAAUGAGGUCCAUGAGGGCGUAUGUGGAAACCACAUAGAAGGACGAGCUCUUGCAGCAAAGAUCAUCCGAACAGGAUACUACUGGCCGACCAUGAAGAGGGAUUGCAUAGCAAAGGUCAAAACCUGCGACAACUGUCAAAAACAUGCUGCUGUCUCUAUGAAGCUCGCCGAGGUGAUGCACAGCGAGACACCAUUCAAGCUAGUCUACGGAUCAGAAGCACUGAUUCCGAUCAAAGUCGGCAUCCCUACAUUAAGAACCGAGCUAUACAAUCAACAACACAAUAUCAAUAUGAGGAAAGCCGAGCUUGAUCUCGCCGAGGAAGACAGGGACAUGGCCGCUAUCAAAUAA